AUGCAGUACAAAAUCCUGAUCGCUCUUUCGUCGUUUCUGUCGCUGGCGGCCGCUGCUCCCAAAGGCUUUCUUUCUAAGCGUAUCGACCAGGAUGAGAUUACCUGGGGCCCUCUCAUAGGUCUUGGACCUACUGCCGACGGUAUUGAGAUUACGAGCGUUGUUGCCACGAUCUAUCCCGGACAGAUGCCCAAGACUCAAGUCGGUGGCCUUUACAACUGGAUCGGAAUCAAUAACGAGACCGAGAAUGGAGACUUGGUACAGGGCAUUGUCGGUUCCUACAGUCAUGGCGAGAGUGAAUGCAAGGGAGCGAAGGCAGACUCAUUAUGGUGCAUCUCAUCAGAAGUCUAUGGAUGGGACACGAAACUGAAUAAGUGGAAUCAGUAUGUCGGUGAAGAGCGUAUGCUAGCUGCAACUCCUGAAGACGGAAUCACUUUCAAUUACACCCUGGUCAACCAGCAGACCGGACGCUGGUACCAGACUGCUCGCAAUGCACGCACGGGAGCGCUGUACGCCGAGUACAACAAGACCUCGCCGACCAUGACAAUGGUCAAUACUGCAGUGGAGUGUCAGUCAUGUACGCCUCCGACUGAUGUUCAAUACUGGAAGGAUAUCACCAUCAAGCUGUCUGGCGCCGACAAGAACUUUGGUAGCACUCUCUACCAGUCAAACAAUGCUACCAACACCAACCCUGUCACCAACGACAAUGGCAAGAUUUGGAAGAUUCAGAAUGUCACCAUUCCUGUUGUCCCUCCGCUUGCCGAUGUUAUUGGUUGA